AUGCCUCUGCUAUCACGACGCCGCAGUCUGUUGGACCUCUUGAACGUGGCAGAUGAUGGGAAUCUACCCAGGCCCAGCGACAACACGAAUACCUUGAGUGCGCCCACGAUGGUUGUGCGACCGGCUAGUGAGCAUGGAUACGCUCCAUCGAGGUUGUCGCAUGAGCUGCUGGCGGGAGAUGUCGUGGCGCCGGGUGCAGUGGAGGGGAACAGGAAAAGGUUCAGCAUGAUGAAGCUCAGAAACUAUUCCGAAUCACACCUGUCAGCCAAGGCGAAGGAGGAUGCACUGAAGCGCGGUGCAGAGAGGCCACCCAUGCCUGCGCUGCCAUCUCAUGACACAGUGCCCGCGAUAGUGAAGACUGCGCCGACAAUGGAACAUGGCGGAGAAGAAGUAGAGCUGGAGCCAGAGAGGAGAGUCCGACCAUCGCUAUUCAAGCGUUCGACCUCGCGAAGCAACAUGUCAGAGAACAAGGAACCGCGUAAGUCAAUGGACAAUCGCCGACCGGAGAAGGUGAAAGGAUCAUCUCUCAGCUGGCGGAGGAAGCAAGGCAGGAGCACCGGACUGGAAGAUCUGGCCCGACUGUCAAGCAUACACGCCCAGCAGAACAGCAAUAACAAUCGAGCUGCUCCUCCCUCAUAUGGCGAAGAAGCUGAUUCUGCUCUUGCCCUUCCUGUUCCAGACCCCAGAUCCACGGAACCCCGAGAGUCAGACGAGAGUAAUGGCUCGGGCGACAUAUACGGCCAAACCACGACCACCACACAUACAGUCUCAACGCAUACGACGUUCUUCAAAUUACCGCGGCGCAACAAAAACAGAAACUCUUUGUUCCCAUUACCCGUCAAGCUUCCUCCACCUGGGCAAUUGUCGCCACCAGCCAAUGAGCCCGCCACACCGCGUGCAUCGACCAGCGCAUACUCCACGAAGUCUGCACAUUCGCCUGACGCGCGCAGUCCACCCCUUACACUUCUCCAACGUAGACAUACCGGAACAAGCCCAACAAAGCAGAGAGACAGGGGUCCACGACCUCCUCUACCGUCUACGGCGAGCGCAUUGGCCAAAGGCGGUCUGGCCUUUGCAGAGCCUUCCAUGUCCUUGGACCGCAAUGGCUCACAUCGAUCGCGUGGGUCCUCGACAUCGUCACCACUGCAACCGCCGAUGAGACUGGGGAUGCGAGAUAGAGCCUCCACCGCCAGCUCCUUUGGGCAGCAGUCGCACGAGAUGGACACGCCGCCACCAUUGACGGUCAGCGGCCGCGAUUCGUCCUCUACUACCGGACGAUCGAGCUUCGGGGGCUUGCUCACAUUGUCGCGCUUCCGAGGUGGUUCGCAACCAGAUUCGCCACGGCAUAGUUCGCCCGGUACUAGGAGCAAGUCGAACUCGUUUGCUAUCAGCCGCGAAGUGGUGCUUGUUAUACCCGAGCGUGAAGAGGGCGAUACGCCUGGCAAGUAUCUGGAACGGCUGGAAGCUGCUGUGGCGCGUAGUAUGAUCGCUGGCAUACUCUCGAAGUCGGCGGAUCCGUUUGCACAAGCAGUAUUGCGGAGCUACACGAGACGAUUUGCAUUCUUUGGCGAGCCGAUUGACAUGUCGUUGCGCAAAUUCUUGCUCGAAGCGGAGCUGCCGAAGGAGACGCAGCAGGUGGAUCGUGUGAUACAAGCAUUCGCCGAUCGCUAUCAUGAGUGCAACCCUGGCAUCUUCAAGUCCCCAGAUCAGGCCUAUGUUAUCGCUUUUUCGCUCAUGAUGCUACACACGGACGCAUUCAACAAGAACAACAAGCGCAAGAUGCAGCGACACGACUACAUCAAAAACACUUCGGGUCAGCAUGUGGCGGAUGAAGUGCUUGGCUGCUUCUACGACAACAUCUGUUAUACACCGUUCGUGCACUACGAGGAAGAAGUUGACAUAAAUGGCGAGCGUGUCAUGCCAUUCAAGCCGAAAAAGAGCAAGCUCAAAGGCGCAUUGCCCGAGAAUGGCAUGCCUGGCAAGAAGCCCAGCGGACCUGUCGAUCCUUACAAUCUGCUUGUCGAUCAGAAGCUUGACAUGCUUAGGCCCGUGGACAAGGAUUCUGUCGCCUUUGACGAUCCAUACAACUAUCGCAGCAACGCCCAAGGGGAGCUAGAUCUGCACUAUUUGCAGCGUGCAUUCACACACACCGGCAUCCUGCAGAUCAUCUCUGCACGUUCAAGACCGACGGCUUAUGAAGGUACUCUGACCGCGAACAACCCUAACCCAGCCGAGACGCAAGCAGGUAUCAUUGAUCUGAAGAUUACCAAAGUGGGCACGCUGUGGCGAAAGUCUGCGAAGAAGAAGAAGACACGCUCGCCGUGGCAGGAAUGGGGUGCAAUUCUGACGGGUUCGCAACUAUAUCUGUUCAAGAAUGCGCAUUGGGCAAAAGGCCUGGUACAUCAAUUCACGGCAGCACAACGGCCUGGGCAGCCACGGACACCAGUCAUCUUCAAGCCACCGCUCUCUGACUUCAAACCAGAUGCACUGAUCAAGACGGACAAUGCCGCCGCUCUCAUUGACAAUACGUAUAACAGGCACAAGAACGCUUUCACUUUCUUCCGAGCAGGAGGACAAGAAGAAGUGCUCCUGGCUGACAACGAGCCCGAACUACACGACUGGCUUGCUCUGAUCAAUUACGCCGCUGCUUUUCGGGCGGCUGGAGUACGCAUUCGUGGUAUGGUUGGCGGCAAUGAAGAAGAUCUUCGCAGACGCGAGAGCUCCAUGCUGGAAUCGGGUCCUCCUGUGCGACAAAUACAAUCUGCCAGUGGAGAAGUCACGGUCAUGCGAGGUGCUCUGAGUCCUCAGUUACAGCGCCAAGUCAUGGCCGCAAGACGGCAGAUCAUGGUCCAGAAGAUCGCGGAGUCAGAGCAGGAAGUCGCGGAAACAAAUAAGAAGCUUGAAGAUAGGCUGAGGGAUGCUCGACACCUACUUAUUCUUGCACCCAUCGCGCCGAAGAGUCGCGAAGAUGUGAUACACGCCGCCGCACGCUCUGAUGCCAUGAUCAAGUGGCUUCGCCGCGAUAUAUGGCGCAUCAAGACUCAUCGAGACAUCCUCGCCAUGGACGUGCAGCUGGAUGGUAUGUCUUCCUCCCAGCUACACACCUUGACCAGUCGGCAGGCUAGUGCCGUCGAAGCCAUCAAGCGGGUGAGAGCGUCGAGCCUGGUGCGCGAUACAUCCAAGACUAUUAUGCUCCCUCGCAGCCCACCCCAAAGUCCAACUUCACCUGCUCGUAGUCGCAAGAGCGAGCGUCCAUCUGCUACUGGCUCUAUUGAGACGUUCAUGGGGAAUGAUGUGUUUGCCACACCGCCGGAGACGGCCAGCGAGGCUCAACCGAGUGACACUUACCGCUUGCCGCCACUGCAGCUUAAUGUGCAGCAGUCGAACGAGCACCGUGGGUCUGUCACCAGUACGCUCCUGUCGGUCUCCUCACCUGGUCGCGGAACACUGUCGCACGCCUCAUCCACCUCGAGUGUACGACAAUUGGAGCGUCAGCCUUCUGAGCAGCCGUCUGAAGCUCCUUCUAGGAAAGUCCAUGCGACGCCCGUGCACAAUGAGCGCGAUCAUGAGGUUGAGAUGCUUGCCAGGACUACCGUGCAACCGGACACCACUCCCCGCCUUCCAGCGAAUCUAGACGGUACCAGCCCAGCCGUCUCAACGCCCGAUAACAAGCACAAAGGUGUCCGCCGCAGCCUGCAAAAAACCCUCCGCGAAGCCCAACAGAACGCCGGCAGCGUCCACCGCCACCGCCGGGGCAAAGAAAGCGACGGCACCAUCCGGUCAGGCGGUGGCGAAGGCUCCGCCAUCGCGGGCGAGGAAGGACCAGAAGGAACCCCGCAACUGCACCGCGAAAAAGGCCGGUUCAUCCUCCACGGCAAACAAGCCUCGGUCAUCCAAUUCGGCAACGAUUGGCCGAACGAACGCAUGAAGCAGAGACGUGAGAGGUGGAGACGGGACAGUACGAGCACGAAUGCCGCAUCCCCUCGCGACGAAACGACGCCGCGACCUACGACGGGGAGUCGCGCGGAGUCGCAGGCUGAGUUUGCUAGUCCUUCGGUUGGGACGGGGGAUCGGGAGUUCGGGUUCGGUCAGGGGACUGGGAAUGGGAAUGGGAUGGAGAGUGAGGAGGAGAGCGAGGGGACGGCGGCUUCGCAUGAGUUUCGGGAGGAUGUGGAGGCCGCGCAUGCUUUUGCUACUUCGGCUGGGAGCAGUAGUCCGGAGGAUGUGCGACGGCUGGGUGGCGGGGGUGCGGAGGAGUAUUUUGAUGCCGUGGGCUGGGAUCCUAAAGCUGCUGCUGCUGCUUCUGCUGCUCGAGGAAAGAGGACGACGGUUAUUGGGCCUAAGGCACGGGAUGGUCAGGCCGCACCUGAACCCGAUCAAGGCGCCGAGUCGGAUGUGGAUGAUUACUCCCUCGGCCCUCGCGAUGAUCGACGUACAGUCAUUGGUUCUUUGCCGGAUACAUCCAGUCACAACAUCAUCUACAGCAAUACUAGUACAACCCACGCUCCCGCCAAGGCCCACGCAUACAAAACCAGCGACAUCUCGGCCAAUGGCGGCGCGGAGCAGGAACGUGACGACCUGUUUACGGAGCAUGAGCACGAGCACGGGUAUGAAGACCACGCGUACGAAGGGGUGGAGAAUCUAGAAGAAGAAGAAGAAGGAGAAGACGACUCCAUGAUCUCGGGCCCGAUCGAAGAUGAAGAACUCAGGCGGAUGACUCAGCGAGCUGUCCCGACCAUCGAGGUCGGUGGGAAGGUACAGUAG